AUGGAUAAUCAUCAACCACCGCCUUCUUCUUCUUCAUCGACGGCGGACUCUAGCACUGGCAACAGCAGCAGAGACCAAUACCUCAAAAGCCUAAAUAAGCUUCCCCACAAGAUCUCCAAACCCACUAUCCCAAAGAAGCCUUUCGAUCAACCACCCAACAACAGUGAUAACAGCGACAACAACUUCAAUCCUCCACUUCCUCCCCCGCCGCGCCGAUGCCCCCUUCCUCCUCCCAACCGCCGCAAAGCCAGAACCAGCCGCCGGUCUACAACAUCAACAAGGGCGAUUUCCGCUACGUCGUCCAGAAGCUCACCGGAUCCCCUGCUCACGAGCGCUUCUCUGCUCCGCCGUCCAUUCACGCACCCAAGCCCCAGCGCUCUCGCCUGCAGUGGAUUCGCCCUCCACCGCUCGUUCACCUCACCAAUCGCCCCCCUCCAAUCAUCAACAACCCUUCCGCGUAGAAAUUACGGUUCUAAAGCUUUGAUUAGCCGCGUAGAAAUUACGGCGGUUAUGGAUGUCGUAUUCUCCUCUGUCGCCGCCGUCGCCGUUGCCGCUCCUCAGUCUGCGGAGACACCGGCCGGGUGGCAGACGAUGGGGAAUGAGAAGAAGAAGGCGAUGGUUCACGAAGAAGUGAAGAGGAUGAAUAAACUUCCUGCCAACAGCAGUUACACCCCCCUCCAAUCAUCAACAAACCUUCCGCCUCUCCUCGCCACUUUCGUUCUGGCUCUCCCCCACAAAGCUUGA